UAGCCAGAAGGCCUUGCCCCUCUCCUUCCUCGGGCUCGGGCCUACCUCCUGUCCCGGUGCCACCCGGGAUGCAGCCGCAGGACAGCCUUUGAGAAGUUUCUGGGGACCCUAGCGGUCAGGACCGAACCCUGUGUGGGUCUGGGCACCGGCAGCUCCCGGUGCAGCCCGAGCUCGGCGGCAGCCGGAAAGGACAGCCCAGCCUCUGCCUCUGCCUCCCUGGCCUUUCGGAAGGAAGGGACAACUCCUUUAAGCUCCGUAGGGAGGAGAGGGCUGUGGGGUAUGGGACACAGACCUCCAGUCCUUGUCCAGCUCGGGUGCAUUGUGCUGGAAAUUUGUGCGCGUCACAGCAUUUUGUGAGGACAGACAGACAGAAAACAUGUAAAUACACCUACCGCAGAUGGAGUCCUAGUGCUGUAAACAGCACACGGAAGAGCCGGGUGGUGGUGGAGGAAUCAGGAGGUGGAGGCAGGAGGAUCAGAAGUUCAAGACCUGCCUUGGGUACAUGCAGAGGUGGAGGCUAGCCUGGGCCCCAUGAGACCCUGUCUUUAAAAACAGACCUACUGAAAGAACACCCAGGUGGGCUAGAAGUGCUGACGUCCACUUGGAAGGGAAGGUAACCAGAGUGAUGAAAUCAAGCUGGGGGAAGGAAGGUAAUCGAGCACAGAGACCUCUGAAGUAGCUGAUGGGAAGAAAGAAGGGCACGACCUGAAACUGGCGAGUCACGCUCUGCUGCUGCUGUCCACGUGGCCAGUCCCUCCUGCAAGGGAAGCUGGGGAAAGCAGACUGAAAUCCAGGCUUCUGCUGGGCCACUGCUGGUGGAAUGGCCAGCCUGCAGGAGGCCAAUGGAAGCACAGCGUGGCCACCGCCCGCAGCAUCCAAUAUCAGUGAGCCCCACCAGUGCCUGCUGCUGCUGUAUGAGGAUAUCGGCUCCUCCAGGGUCCGGUACUGGGACCUCCUGCUGCUCAUUCCCAAUGUGCUCUUCUUCAUCUUCCUGCUCUGGAAGCUUCCCUUAGCUCGGGCCAAGAUCCGUGUCACCUCCAGCCCCAUUUUUAUCACCUUCUACAUCUUGGUGUUUGUGGUAGCCCUGGUGGGCAUUGCCAGGGCUGUGGUUUCUAUGACGGUCAGCGCCUCUGAUGCUGCGACAGUUGCUGACAAGAUCCUGUGGGAGAUCACCCGCUUUUUCCUGCUGGCCAUUGAGCUGAGUGUAGUGAUCCUGGGCCUUGCGUUUGGUCACCUAGAGAGCAAGUCCAGCAUCAAGCGGGUGCUGGCUAUCACCACAGUACUGUCUCUGGCCUACUCAGUCACCCAGGGGACUCUGGAGAUCCUCUACCCUGACUCCCAUCUUUCGGCUGAGGAUUUCAACAUCUACGGCCAUGGCGGCCGCCAGUUCUGGCUAGUCAGCUCUUGCUUCUUCUUCCUGGUCUACUCACUGGUGGUAAUUCUCCCCAAGACCCCGCUAAGGGAGCGUGUGUCCCUGCCUUCGCGGAGGAGUUUCUACGUGUAUGCAGGCAUCCUGGCCACACUCAACUUUCUGCAGGGGUUGGGGAGUGCUCUGCUGUGCGCUAACAUCAUUGAGGGGCUCUGCUGUGUGGAUGCCACUACCUUCCUGUACUUCAGCUUCUUUGCACCUCUCAUCUAUGUGGCCUUCCUCCGUGGCUUCUUUGGCUCAGAGCCCAAGAUCCUUUUCUCCUACAAAUGCCAAGUGGAUGAGGCUGAAGAGCCAGACAUGCACCUGCCACAACCCUACGCGGUGGCCCGGCGCGAGGGCAUAGAGUCUGCGGGCCCUGCGGGGGCCUCUGCAGCCAGCUAUUCCAGCACGCAGUUCGACUCUGCCGGGGUGGCCUACUUAGAUGACAUUGCCUCCAUGCCCUGCCACACGGGCAGCAUCAACAGCACAGACAGCGAGCGCUGGAAAGCCAUCAAUGCCUGAGUGGCCACCCAGGCAUCAGGAGGUCUGUGAGGACAGGUGGGCUCCCAGGUGGAGCAGAGUGCAGCUGAGGAACUCGUGUGGAUAGCCCCUGGACAGGUGUACCUGCGCCCCAGGCACCCGGGCUCUUCCUGUUCUCCAUCCCCACUUCUCCUUUGCCGCCUGUGCUCCAGCUUGGGACCCCCACGUUCCCAGCACUACGUUCCUGCUGGGGUCCUGCCUGCCUACCCCCUUGUCCCUUCCCCACAGCUCUCAGCCUCCUUUGCCACAGGGCAGCAGCGUGUAUAUUUUCUUGAUCUAUUUUUUAAUAAAAGCAGAAAGAGUA